CCGUGAAGACGCAGCCUCGCAGCUUUUCAGCGGCAGCUCCGGUGUUCACUUUAACUCUUUCACAGAGGGAGCUCCGGCUACAGUGUAAGCCUUAUUAAACACUCAACUCGAGCUCCGGGAGCGAAGGAACGGAGAGAAGUAGCCUGUCGAGGGAAAGGACAGCAGGUCGGCUCCUGGUGCUGUUGCUGGAGCAGAAACGCAUAUUUCAGGUGUCAGCUCCACUUCUCGUGGGCUACUUUACCCCGGCAUCUCACCGCCGGACGGAAGACAGCCGCGUAGCACUGAGCGAGAGUCGAAAGGGAAACCGAGUUGGACGUUUGUUUUCUUCACCAAGAAGAUGGCAUCAAGUGACUCGCGGCUCCAGCAGCAGCCCUCCCAGAAGGACGCGGCCGAUCAGAACUUUGAUUACAUGUUCAAGCUGCUGAUCAUUGGUAACAGCAGCGUGGGCAAAACCUCCUUCCUGUUCCGCUACGCAGACGACUCCUUCACCUCCGCCUUCGUCAGCACCGUGGGCAUUGACUUCAAGGUCAAGACUGUUUUCCGCAAUGACAAGAGGAUCAAGCUGCAGAUCUGGGAUACAGCAGGGCAAGAGCGCUACCGUACCAUCACCACAGCCUACUACAGAGGAGCCAUGGGCUUCCUGCUCAUGUAUGACAUCACUAACCAGGACUCCUUCAACGCAGUACAGGACUGGGCGACGCAGAUCAAGACUUACUCUUGGGACAAUGCUCAGGUGAUCCUAGUUGGUAACAAGUGUGACCUGGAGGACGAUAGGCUCAUACCCACAGAGGACGGCCAGCGAUUGGCAGAGGAGCUAGGUUUCCAGUUUUUCGAGGCCAGCGCUAAGGACAACAUCAACGUGAAGCAGGUGUUUGAGCGUCUGGUGGACGUCAUCUGUGAGAAGAUGAACGAGAGCAUGGAGGGAGACAUCAACCUUGUAACCAAUCACAGGAACCAGGGCCUUAAAGACUCGCCUUCAGAGAGCAACGGGGGCUGUGCUUGCUAAACCAUCUGCCUGAUUACCAAGACCGCCAACACACACACACACACACACACACAGAUACUCAUACAUAAAGACCAAAUCCUUCUCUGUGCCUAAACCAUGGAAAGUGCCACACCUCUUCUUCAUUCUACACUCCAGCAAUGCCCAACUCUGCUUUGCCCACACUGCAACCAAAGGACUCUCUAGCUGAGAUAAUCUUCAUCAGUGCUGUCAGAACUCUCUCCACUCCAGGCCUGUCUCUCUGUCUUUUCUCCUUAGUGGACCACUCUGUCUCUUUCCAUCUCUGUGGUCUGUUUUUUGCCUUGAUUCAGAAAGGGAUUUAUGUUAAAUAGAGGGAAAAUAUCACAGCAGCUUCCAAAAUGACAGUUCAGAGAGUGUUGUGCAUAUUGCAAUCAUAACUAGGACGCUUCAUGCUCAUGGCUGAUUGAAAGAGAGAAGAAUGAAUCACUUUUCAACAGACUACUUGAAAUGAUGUAUGUCUCAAACAAGGGCAUACUGAGCUUCGCAAGGCUCAAAGCGUGCUAAGCUCCGCUAACUAGCUUCUAGCUUCAUAUGUACUGUACAGACAUGAGAGUGGUGUUCGUCUUCUCAUCUCUCACAAAGAAAGCAAAAAGCAUAUUUCCUAAAAUGUUGAACUGUUCCUUCAGAAUAAAUCAGAUUCCAUGAAAUGUUAAAUACAAGUUAUGUUGUCUCUAAAGUUCAUUAAAUAUGGACAUACUGUCCAAACGAAUCAGUACAAAUGAAAGCCAGUCAUGAAAAUUAAUGUGCCUUCAUGAUGUUUUGGGGUUAAAAUUGUUAUCAGCUGCUGAAAAUGCCUUAUCUACCCUAGAGGAUUUCUCUGUUGUGUACGCCUCAUCACCCGUCAUUUACAGAAUGUCAAAAUGAACCUCAUCUUGACCUGACUCUUAAUGCCAGUCCUGCGCUGCCCUUUGCCUCCCUCGGUGCUUCUCUAAGGUUUUUAAAGCCUUUUCUUGUGCCCUAAUGCUGAGACAGCAGGAGGGUUGUGGUAAUGGUAAACGUUGAGCUCUGUCCUCUUUGCUGUGCAAGCGUGCUCGUGUGAGGAAGUCGUUGGUGACACUUUGUCACCUGUCACAUGACCUGCCUCAUGGCAUGUCCUCUCUCACCCCUUUGUGCCACUCUUUCUUUAACGCCUUUUCUCACACACACACCCAUGCUUUACCGUUACACACACACACACACACACACACACACACACACACACACACAUGCUGCUCCCUAACUGCAGCAUAGCAAAACAGUUGGUCUGGCAAACCUGCUAAUCUUAAUAACGGAGUAUUUACAAAGUGGUGAACAUUCUGUCUUAUUUUUUUGUUUUUGUUUGUUACUGAUAUUGUGACUGUUUUGUGGAAAUGCAGCAAAGUCUGUGUGUGUAUACUCAGAAAGGGAAGAACACGGCUCUCUGAGAAGAAUAAGUCUAGUCAACUGUGAUGUUGCUACUAUCAGGAAAAGCAAUGUGCGGGAGCAGAAUGUUAGAUAAAAGGGCCCCUGUCACUUUAUAUCCCAUUAUUGUAAUAUCUCAGCUUGUCAUUGAAGUGAAUAAAUAGGGUUUUAUCCACAUUGUUAUGUUUGCCAUCAGUUAAACUGUACUUUUUUUGUUCCAUUAUUCCAUUUUUUUGAUAUUUAAGCAUUGAACUGUCAACCUCCCCCUGCUGAAAACUGAUGAAAUUGUGUUUGAAAGUAGCCUACCUGAAAGUGUCUUAGAACUGUACGACGAAUCAGGAAUGAAAAAAAAUACAUUGGUAUUUUUUUACUAUUAUUAUUUGUUAAUUGUGCCAUUCCACCAUCACUGUCCACAUGCCGACUACUUAGUCGGUUAGUGUCAACCAUAACCUCUGCACCAUGAUAGCAACCUCACGUUCCCCACAUCACACCCUGUCGUUGCUCUGCACAGCCUGGAGGGGUUGGUUCACAACAGGUGGCCAGCUCACUCCUUGCUGCUGUAUGAGCCUGUGGUCAUCUCUCCUGUAUGUGUGUGCUGCUGAACAGUGAUGUAGUUUUACAGAUAGCUGAUAUUAUCAUCUCAUUUGUACCACACUGAGCUUUCAGCAGGGGUUUAACAUAAGGAGGCUGGACAAGGUAGCUGACUCAUAACACUACAUUUGUAUUACAACAUGUGCAUAAUGCACUUUGCAGUUUUGCAAUAUAUUUAAAUGGAAUGCAUCAGAGAGCAUAAUAAUAGCUGUAAUGGUUUCACUAAAGGAGCUUACAAUGGCGGCUGCUGCUUGAAUACAUAUUGAAUGUGCUAGACUUGUACUCGGCACUACUGUGCUAAACUGUCCACUGAUAUUGACUUUUUAACCACUGACUCUGAUGCUUUUGUACAAAUAAGUCUGUAGCAUUCGGAGCUGUUAGUCUGGGCUGUGCACUUUCUUUCUCAUGAUCUAUUUGUUUUCACGUGUUGCAUUCCUGAUUGGUCGCCUUCUAAAAGAGGGGACAUCAGAUUAUUUGAUCCCUUUAUUUUAGGUUCUGUAUGUGUUGGAUGGAAGCAUUGUAAAAAAAUAAAAUAAAAUAAAAGCAUCAUCUUAUAAACACAAAUAAAUUGAAUAUGUUGAAGAAUGUGUAUAUGAAAAUAAAGAAUAUAUUCAUUACAAACGA